AUGAGGCCCAAUGUCCUCUAUCUCGUUGCGAUUCUGAGCACACAAGCAGCAGCAAUUGAGGCCACCUCAAAUGAGGAUUUACGCCCAUCAAUAUGGUGCACGGCAGCUUUUCUUUACCCAGGUCAAGACCGCCUGGGUAACAACGCCCUGAAGAACGUUUUUCACGGAUAUUGUGGUCUCAAAGGUUACGAAGUUUCUACCGACAUUGACCUCAACCAAUGUUUGGAAAACAUGAAUGGGCAGAUUAAGUGGAAGGAGAACGGAAACGGAAUCGGUACCUGUGAGUGUAGAAGCAAGAGGAACACCCCUUUUGUGAUUGAGUGUCAAUGCCCUGAUGACAGGGGCAACAAGAGAAUAUCAAGCGUCAACCUCAAUGAGCAACUCAGAUACGAAAACGGCACCUUCAAAUGCUUUGGCGCAUCGGGAAAAACUGAGGAUGUGUCUUAUCGAUUACCUGGUACAUCGGGACAAGGUGGGGGUGAGAGAUUGGAACUUGAAUCGAAUCUGAUACUUAAGAGAGGGUGAAGUUGAUGGCUUAAAGAUGUGGCUAGAUGUGCCUAGGGAGACAGGAGUCAUUGUACCCGAAGGAGACUGAUGGUCUGGAGGUCUUUAAAUGUGAGGUCAUGCAGAUAUAUUUGGGAUCGUGGUGCGUGUUGUGGUUUCGCGCAAGACAGUUCGACACGGCUCACUUUGGCUAGGAAAGGCUGUUGUUAGACUGUAAGAGGGAUUACAGGAUUUGGAAACACAUCGGUCAAGAUUACUUGGGGGUUCAUGCCUUUGGAUACUGCUUAGAACUAUGCUUCGAUGUAUAAUGAACAGGUAUCCGUCUCGGUUAG